UACCAAUCCACAGAGCAUUACUAUCAUCGGAGACAUCAUCAGCAUCGCAGCAAAAUGGUAUUUCAAAAAUUGUUUAAAAACUAUCGCAAUGAGCUCUUGGCUACUCUGACUGCAACCCAAUCGAUCUUCAUGGUGAUCAUGUGCAGUUCGUGGUCAUCACCUGCCCUUCCGAAACUAUUGUCAGCCGAUUCGCCAAUUCCGAUAACCGCCGAUCAGGGAUCAUGGAUCGUGGCCUGUCAGCCGGUUGGAGCCAUUUUUGGACCAGUCUUCUCCAGUUUAGCGAUGGAUCGUAUCGGUCGGAAGUGGACUUUGCUGAGUACGGCUAUUCCAGUACUGAUCGGUUGGGCUCUGAUAGCGGUGGGAAGUUCUGUUGGAUACUUGUACGUGGCGAGAUUUUUGUUCGGAUUCAGUUAUGGAGCUGCUUAUCCGGUGAUUCCUAUAUACUUGGGUGAGAUGGCUUCCGACGCGGUUCGAGGAGCAUACGGCACUAUGAUAACAGUGAUGGCUAAGAAGGCGAUCAUGGCAAUGUACACGAUUGGCCCAUUUCUGGAGUUUAGAGAUUUGGCAUGGGUUUCGAUGAUCAGCCCAGUAGUGUUUGUAUUAGGUUUCAUCUGGAUGCCCGAAACACCAUAUUAUUUGAUUGGAAAGAAACAGUACAAGCUAGCGAAGAAAAGUCUGAUCUGGCUUCGACGAUCCACUGAAGUUUCUGAUGAACUUGCGGCUAUAACAAGCUCCGUGGAAAGAUCCGAUUUAGAAAAGACAUCUUUCAGUGAAUUGUUCAACCCUAUCUAUCGAAACAAUAUGCGCGUUGUGAUUAUAUUGCUUUUCAAUAUGCAGUUCACCGGAAUUCUUGUAGUUCACAGUUAUGCGCAAAUUAUUUUUGAGAAGAUUUCCGCCAGUCUAACGGCAGAGGAAAUGUCCAUUGUGCUUGGAACAGUUCAACUGAUUGCCGUAGUGUUUCCAGUUUUUCUCGUUGAUCGAAUGGGUAGACGCCCUUUGCUGCUAGUUUCAGCGGCAGGAACCACCUUAGGACUCCUUGUUUGCACGAUAUACUUUGCUGUAACAGGAAGCGAUUAUCAUGGAAGUCUUGGAUGGAUUGCCUUCAUGUCCCUCUUGUUCUACAUAGUAUCGUAUGGAGUCGGUAUAGCUACUGUUCCGUUUGCCAUUUUGACGGAAAUAUUCCCCAAAAAUAUUCGAGCAUACGCGUGCUCAUCAUUAGCAGUAUUGAGCUCAGUCAGUUUCUUGGGGAUUGUCAAGUUAUUUCAGAUGGCCCUGGAUGACAUGGGCGCCUACCUUCCGUUUGCCGUGUUUACUCUGUGUGGAGCAAUCGGAUGGGUGCUUAUCUAUUUCUACAUACCGGAAACAAAGGGCAUGUCUUUGGAUGAAGUACAAAGGAUAGUUGCGGGAGCUUCCAUGAAAUUAUAAUGAUUCAUCACUAUGUCAACUAAAGAUAACACAGAUUGUAAAUUAUUUGUGAAAUAGAUUUAAAAAAAGAUAAAACUACAUGCUUUCGUUAACUUUAAUGAGUGAUUUAUAGAUCAGAAUGAAAGAGAUUAUAUUGUCUUUCAAAUGCUUGUUUUGUAUUGUGCCAAUACCAAAACAAGCAUUUGAGAUGCCGUCCACAAAUGACGUCAUGCUAUGCCAUAUCGAAAGGGCGACAGAUCGGAUCAAAUUGUGAAUUUUAGCGAUACUUAUAAAAAUGGGUGUUGCUCUUUUGAGAUUUGCACUUGGAUAAUAUGAAAUGGAAAGAUUGACGAACUAA